GAGCAGAGACCGCAGAGGAUCACACAGCUGUCUACUGUGGCAAUUUUAUGAAGCUGUUUCAGCACGACUGAGGACAUAAAUUCAUUUUAAUAUUCAUACUGAGCCAUGGACUCUAAAUCUGGUGAUACAAUGGAGUUGGCAGCACUUGGCCAGCCGUUUGGCCUGGGGAUGCUGUAUGACUGCCGAAGCGAUAAACUUGUCCCUGGAUUGACUCUGUGGGAUCGUGAUGACCUGAAGAAAGAUAUAGCAGAAAGAUCAAAGCCCUCUAAUGAGUUCGAAAUUGUUGCAUCUGAAUCAAUUUCUGGCAAAUCUUCAGCUCUAAAUGUUGAAGCUUCACUGAAGGCAAGUUUCUUAGGUGGACUGGUUCAGGUUGAUGGAUCUGCCAAAUAUCUGAAUGAUAGUAAAUCUUCCAGAAAUCAGGCCAGAGUAACACUGAAGUACAAGGCAACCACAAAGUUCCAGGAGCUGUCCAUGAAUCAUCUUGGAAGAGGAAACGUGAAGCAUCCAUAUGUUUUUGAUCAAGGCUUAGCAACACAUGUAGUCACAGCUAUUCUUUAUGGAGCACAAGCUUUCUUUGUGUUUGACCGUGAAGUUUCUGAACAGGAAAAUCAUCAGGAUGUUCAGGGCAACUUGAAGGUGAUCAUCAAGAAGAUUCCCUUACUUUCUGUAGAGGGUGAAGGUUCCCUGAAGAUGGAAGACAAGGACAAAGAAAGUGUUCAUAAAUUCUCCUGUAAAUUUUAUGGAGACUUCUGUCUUCCAAAACCACCAACAACCUUUCAAGGUGCAGUAGAAGUCUACCAAAAACUGCCAGGAUUACUGGGAGCUGAAGGAGAAAAAGCUGUACCAAUGAAGGUCUGGCUGCUGCCAAUGACAUGUUUAGAUUCUUCUGCUGCUAAAGUCGUCCGUCAGAUCAGUAUAAGAUUAGUUCAAGAAGCACAGACAGUCCUGGAGGACUUCAGUGAGCUGGAAAUGAGGUCCAAUGAUGUACUGAGAACCAGCAUUGCAAAGGAGUUCCCACAGAUUGAUAAAAAAAAUUAA